UGAAGCGUGCUGACGUCAGCAGAGGGUUAGCGCUCGUCGGGCAGGCGGCUUCGGUUCUCGGUGAGGUUUCUCGGUGUAUUAUUCUUAUCGGUGCAGAUGGAGGUGACGGUCUCGAUGGAGCCGCUGUUUCUGGCCUGGAGCAGCUGCAGGAGGCGGAGGUUCCAGAGAUGCGCCGAUGUUUGCUCACAGCUGCUGUCAGAAAGCCCGUAUGACCAGGCGGCGUGGAGCUUGAAGACCAGAGCUCUGACGGAGAUGGUGUACGUCGAUGAGCUGGAGGUGGAUCAGGAAGGCAUCGCUGAUAUGAUGUUGGACGAGAGCUCCAUCGCGCAGGUUGCACGUCCAGGAACGUCACUGAGGCUUCCAGGAACGAGUCGGGGAGCAGCGCCCACUCCAGCGGUCAGACCGAUGACUCAGUCGGGGCGUCCCGUCACAGGGUUUGUGAGGCCCAGCACACUGUCUGGUAGACCAGAAACUAUGGAGCAGGCCAUCAGAACCCCGCGAACAGCUCGUCCUGUCACCAUAUGCAAGCGCUCAUGUACAGACGUGCUUUACUGCUGUUAAUGCAUUAGUGACAUUAGUCACACUGUUCCUGUUAGUAGUGUGAAAACCAGCUGUUCUCUAUAUUGUGAUUAUUUCAUGUACAUCCAAUGAACCAAUUGUGUUUGUAGAUUGGGCUUGCACCGUGAAGCUGAGAAGCAGUUCAGAUCAGCGCUCGCACACCAAGAGUUUGUUGAUACUUACCUCUACCUCGCAAAGGUGUAUCAGCGGCUUGAUCAGCCCAUCACUGCUCUGAAUGUGUUCAAGCAAGGCUUGGAUCACUUCCCCGCCGAGGUCACGCUGCUCACGGGAAUCGCACGCAUCCAUGAGGAAAUGAAUAACAUGAUCUCAGCCACAGAAUACUAUAAAGAAGUGUUAAAGCAGGACAACACGCAUGUGGAGGCCAUUGCCUGUAUUGGCAGCAAUCAUUUUUACACAGACCAGCCAGAGAUCGCCCUGCGCUUCUACAGGCGCUUGCUGCAGAUGGGGGUCUUCAACUGCCAGCUGUAUAACAAUCUGGGCCUGUGCUGUUUCUACGCCCAGCAGUAUGAUAUGACCCUGUCGUCCUUUGAGAGAGCUUUAGCCCUGGUGUCCAGUGAUGAGGAACAGGCUGAUAUCUGGUAUAAUCUGGGGCAUGUUGCAGUGGGCAUUGGUGACUUGACUCUGGCGUACCAGUGCUUUAAACUGGCCUUGGCUUUUAACAAUAACCAUGGUGAAGCUUACAAUAACUUGGCCGUGUUGGAGCUACGGAAAGGCCGCAUCGAGCAGGCGAAAGCUUUUCUGCAGACUGCUGCUUCACUGUCUCCUCACAUGUAUGAGCCACAUUUUAACUUUGCCACGCUCUCGGAUAAGGUUGGCGAUCUUCAGAGUAGUUACAUGGCUGCUCAGAAAUCAGAGGACGCUUUUCCUGAGCAUGUGGACACUCAGCAGAUCCUGAAAAACCUCAGACAGCAUUUUGCCACUCUAUAAGACCACUUAACUGUAAUCACAUCACUGAUCAGGGAUAGAAAUGACCUGUAAGCAUUGUAGCUAUAUAUAGAUAUAGACAUAUUCUGCCUGACAUUGCCUGAAUACAUGUAUAUCAUGAAAAAAAUAAAAAUGAUCAUAAAAAUAGCAGUUUUUGAGUACAGCCCUGAUGAGGCAAUAUCACGUAACAGCUCCAGUCUGCUCCCACACACCUGCUCAGAAGCUUCCAGCAGCCACUCCUGAAGACCUUGAUUAACUAGUUCAGGUGUAUUUACCUACGGUUGGAGCUAAACUCUGCAGGAAGUUCUGAUCCUGAUCCAACACACCCAUCU